CCAGCUGGAGACUCUCCAGAACCCGGGCGGCCCCGAGCCUCGUCUGACUCGCGGCCUUCGAGCGUUGCCUGCGACACGCGACACGCGGUGGUCGCGCAACAGGAUCGCUCCUCCGCACGCCCUGGCCGCCAUCCUCCAGGUAGCGCCACAGCGACAUCUCGUGGCGGAGAGCAUCUGCACCACUUGGCUCCUGGCCCGCCUGAGUCAGGGCGGGCCUCUGCGCUUCGGGGUGGGCAGCGCCGAGGCCGAGUGGAUACACACUCCCUGCGGGUGUAACCGGAUCGGACGGCGGGGCUGAAUUCUACACAACGGGCCCACGCUCCCGCCCAGCCUGCGUGGACGGUCCCGGCUCCCCCCGGAGAGGGGUGGGACUGCCGAGCCCCUCCCCCCAAAGCCCCGCCCCUCGCACCAGCAGCCGCUGACUGCGCCUGCGCACUGUCUCACACAUGCUCGCCUCCGCGAAGGUGCCACUCCCAAGAAAUGUGUCCCAUGCGCCACGCCGUCUGUUUCCAGGGCAACCCGGCGCCUCUUAGCAACCCCGCGCGCAGCCUGGGUCGUUUCCAGGCGCCCCCAGCCUGCCAUGGCGGCCGCGGGUCCCAGCGUCUUCCUACUCAUGGUCAACGGGCAGGUGGAGAGCGCCCAGUUUCCUGAGUAUGAUGAUCUCUACUGCAAAUACUGCUUUGUGUAUGGCCAGGACUGGGCCCCCACGGCGGGUCUGGAGGAGGGCAUCUCACAGAUCACAUCCAAGAGCCGAGACGUGCGGCAGGCGCUGGUGUGGAACUUCCCCAUCGACGUCACCUUUAAAAGCACCAACCCCUACGGCUUUCGUCUACAUGCUGUGCAGUUGACAUUUUGGGAGCCCAGAGCCGAUCGGGUGAGGCCCCAGCCUGCGCCUUGGACAGCUCUGGGGCUGGGAAGGGCACAGCCUGGUGUCCAUGGCUGUGGCGGUCUGGCCUGCGAGGCUCUCAGCUUGCGAUCGUGUCUUGUGCUGCGGCCAGGCCGGAGCCGUCCACACCUCCUGUGCACAUCCCUCGAGUCACCUCUCCGAGGCUUGGUUCGUACAGUCCCCUCUGCCUGGGACACCCCUUCCCGCUGCCAUCUCUGGCCUCCUUCCCAGCGCUCUCGUUGCUUGCAGUGUUUACGAUCUGCCUUGUCCAGUAGUUUGAAUUCGCUCUCACUUAAUAACCGCCUACUGUGUGCAAAGUCUGGGGUCGCUCCAAAGGGGCUGUACGUGUUUGGGAACGAUGUGGUUCGAGGCUAUGGGGCAGUGCACUUGCCUUUCUCGCCCGGCAGGCACAAAAGGACCAUCCCCAUGUUUGUCCCAGAAUCCACGUCUAAACUGCAAAAGUUUACGAGCUGGUUCAUGGGACGGCGGCCCGAGUACACAGACCCCAAGGUGGUGGCUCAGGGUGAAGGCCGGGAAGUGACCCGCGUCCGCUCUCAGGGCUUUGUCACUCUCCUCUUCAACGUGGUGACCAAGGACAUGAGGAAGCUGGGCUACGACACUGGGCCUUCUGACACGCAGGUGGGCGUCUCCGGGCCCAGCCCACCGCCAGGACGCCCCCUGUGAAGGCACCCAGCCCCUACCCCCGCCCACCGGACCAGGCCCCGCCCGCCAGACCGGCCGUCCUCAGACAAAGCAGGUUGUCCUUCCAGAGAGUUGGCCUCGGAUACAUCUGCUUGACGCGUGGCCUCGUGGGACUGGGAAAGGGGGUGGGUGGAGGUUUUUAUAUAAUAAAGCAUCACCUUUUCACAGAA